AUGGAAAUAUAUGGAAACGGUGAUAAACGUUUUGGAUUGAGGAAUUGUUUGAAAAAUGUCAAUCCAGAUGAUGCUUAUAAUUCAAGUAAAAUUAAACUUAUAUAUAUAUUUCAUUCUCAGUUCUUUUUGGCACAAUAUUAUAAAGGUGCUGCAUUACUUUGGUUUCUUGAACAUAAUAUCGUUUGUUCAGAAAAGGAUUUUAAUCAAUUUUUUCGUUCAUAUGUCGUAAAAUUUAGUUAUCGAAUUCUUAGUACUGAUGAUUUUAUUCAAUAUUUCGAAUCUUAUUUUCCAAAUGUCGCAAAAGUUGAUUGGAAUUUCUGGUUGUACACACCUGCUAAUGAACCUUCGUUGAUAUCCAGUGAUCAUAUGAAAGUACUCAAUACCAAUCAAAUUACUUAUCUAUUAUAUCUUCUUAAUCAGCAACCAAUUAAUUAUGAUAUUAACAAAAAAAUAGAUGAAAAUUGUCAAAUGAGUAAAUAUUCGAAUAAGGAUAUAUGUUAUCUAUGGUAUCAAUUAUGUAUUCAAGUGAAAUAUAUCGAAUCGUUAGAUAAUGUAUUUAAAUUUCUUAGAGAAACUGGUGAAUUUAAAUCAUCGUGGCCCGAAAUAAUGCCAAGAGUAUUCGAAUUUUUUGAACACCAUAAAAGACGUAUUUAUCCAUUAUUAGUAAAAACACUUGAACAACAAAUGGGAGCGUAG